GGAAGGAGUAUGUAAAUAUAUAUAUAUAUAUAUAUAUAUAUAUAUAUUUUGGGGGGGGGAUAAUUUGAAAGGAGAUGUUUGACAUUCAUUUAUUCUAGUUUAAACGAUUGGCUCUUUUUGGAUUGGCAUUGAUAGUAUUAUUACUCAUGGGACCUAAAACAUAUACCGACUUUAUAGUGAUACGACAACAACAACAACAAAACUCAAACCAUCAAAUUGUGACACCUUCAACACAAAUCUUACUCUGGCUUCAUGCAUUGGAUGUUGACCCAUAUGCAGGCCCUUAUCAAUGUAUUCAUCAACAAUCCCUUGCUUGGCUUCUCCGAUUUUUCCAAUUUCCUCUGGUGAUGCCGUAUGUAUUUUAUACCACCCUCUUGUUUGUAUUAUCCUUCUUGUGUUUUCCUUGGUUCCAGGCCGACUUUAUUCCUAGUAGCAAUGGAUAUGGUACUUUUUAUCUAUGGGGUAUUGUGUUUGAUGGUGAAUGGUUACCUCUUGGUGAUACAUGGAUGUUUGCAACAUUUCAUCUAUGUUUUGAUGUAGGUGUGUUCCUUAUUCUAUUUGCAUGGAGGGUCACUGAUGUGGAAGAUCUGCAUUGCUCAAGUACAUCUGAAAAACAUCGACAACAAUGGAAUCAAACAUUAUGGUUCAAGGUAAUGGAAGUUCUAUAUUGGUUAUGGCGCAUGCGCUCAGUGAUGGCAUUGGGUUCCUUUUAUGGUGGACUCUGGCCAACUUUGAUGAUGAAUCUUUUGGUACUAUGGAUGUUAUUUGUGGCUGGUGUCUUGAUCUGGGGAAAAGAUGGAUGGAUACAUAAGAAAAACAAAACGAGAAUUCAAAUGGUAUUGGAUGGAUGUGAUUCAUGUCUUGAUCGAUCUGGUCCAACUAGAUUAGAUGUCAACUAUGAACAACAACAACAACAAGAACAACAACAAGUAGACUCCUUUAACGUGUCAAUAACAUCAACAUCUACAAUGAAAAAUAACCCUGAUGACGACUGGUUGGAAGAACAGACAUCCUCAGAAUCAUCCUCAUCUAGUGCUACAACAAUGGAUAGAAAUCGGAUCAAGGUUCGACGAAAAGGCAAUGGUGAAAACAACAAGCGUUAAUUAAAUAGAUAGAUAUAAUAAUAAUAGUAGUAGUGAUAGUAGCCAUCAUCCUUUUUAUCCAUUAUUAUUAUUAUUCAACUCCCUAAACAUCCUUUUGAAAUAAAAUGAUAUAUAUGUUGUCCUAAUUUCCC